AAAGCCUAGAUUUGUAUAAUGUGUUCUUUUAUGUAGUUUCGGUAUUCUGGCAGUGUUCAGAGAGUUGUCGUUUUUUAUAAGUUGUGCGCCUUUGUCCAUCGAAGGCGUUUAUUGUCAAACCUGUUAAUAUAAUUAUAUAAGUAGGUCCAUAGCACGCAAUUUAUGUGUAUGCGUUUCUGUGCCGGUAGCGGUAGUAACGGUCCUUCAGUAGCGCGUCGCUGGCUCUAGUCAUGCGCAGCUUAUUCGCAUGAGCCGGCGAAAACAUGUACGCGACAGCCCAUGUGGGACCUGGCGCCGAAGACAUGUCAGAAGACGAGGAAGCAUCCUUGGUGCAGGAACGGGACCGGACUCUGCGCACAGCCCUGGACCAAAUACAGCAGCGACGGCGUGCACCUGCAAACCCUCCCAGUCCUCCUCCUGCUGUAGAUGCCAUUGAACACCAGUUCAAGGAGUGCCAUGGCAGCAGCGAUGCCGCAGUGGAUGGUGACAGCGCCGCUGCGGCGAAGCCAUCUCCACCACAGGGUCCUUUAGAGGCCUUACGACAGCGGGAGUGGCUGCUGAACCUACAGGAACAGCAGGAGCUCCAACGUCUCAAGGUUGCUUUAUCCUCACCUGUGCAGCAGGAACUGACCGAGGAAAAGGAGGAGCAAUUGCUGUUCAACGGUGAGGUGCCUCCCCUGUUGCCGGUGCAGUCUACUGCAGCGGCGCUAUGUACCACCACAGCCUCUUCGACGUGUACUUCAUCGACCUCGACGCAUUCCACAACAUCAACUUGUUCUACCUCCUCAUCAUCGCAACAUUCCACAUGUACCACAACUUCUGCUACGUGCCCCUCGAACUCUGCGCGCUCGGGACCGAACAGGGGCUCGACGGGGGGUAGGGGCAGGGGUGGCAAUCGUUCCAGGCCACCGUGCGUGCACCACAACAGCCGGGGCAGGCCCUUCGCUCGCAGGGAACAUCCUCAACAAGGUGGCCGUUGGGGUCAUGAACACCGGCUGCAGAGCAGAGAGAACCUCAUGCAACAGAUGCCCAAUGAAAGAGACUGGGUGCCCAGCAACCCUUCUAGCGGCAGCACACCAACCCAUGCAGCGCUCAGGCCCAAUGGUGUGCCGACCACUACUGCUGCAAGUAACCCUCCUGCACGACCUGCCAACAACAGCCCAAAGACCAUGGAGCCACCAGUCUGGCAGCAGGGGGUUAUGCCCCUGUCAGUGCAGGAUGAGGCCUCCAUGCUAGCACAGGCGAUUGAGCUAAGCCGUCUGGAUGAGGGUGCUGCUAGCAGCAUUGAAGAAGAGCAGCUGCGUAUGGUCCUAGAGCAGUCUCGGCAAGAAGCACGAGGAAGAGGAGGAGGUGGCAACAACCGGCGAGGUGCACCACGGUUUCCCCGCCGAGGUUGGGGGGCCCCUGGUAGGGGAGGAGGGGCUGAGCGCCACCCGCAAAUGGAGGCCCCACUGCCACCAGUGCCUCCAAACCUCCUCAACCGCAUCACCAUUGUGGGCAGCAUAGAUGCCGGCCGCCUCACUUCAGGGGCCAUGCCGCCACCGCUGCCCCUAGUUCAACCUCCUCCAGCUCCGCCUCCGUCGUCGCCCAAUGCGGAACCCACCGUGACAUUUGACCAGUGGCUGUCACUAUGCAGCCGCUACAUGCCCCUGCUGGCCCAGGGCAUGGUGGAGCUUCAACGCACGUGUGCCGCGGUUCGUUCGGCUGCUCCAUCCCUUGACGGGGCACCCCUUUUGCUGCCGCCGCCGCCACUUUGGUCGUCACGAUUUCCUCCGGGAGGUGCACAGUCACCCCUGUCAUCCAUGGCCCCUCCCAUGACCCCGCCCAUGAAUUCCAUAACCUCACCCAUGGCCCCACCUCCCAUGGGCCCUUCUCACAUGGCCCCAGCUGAUGGGGGCAUUUUCAAUCCUGCACCUUCGGCCUUCCAGUGCAUUCCUCAGCCAGCGCGGCCACCGAGGCCGGUUCGCGGUGCCGGUCACAAUGCUGGCUUGCACCAGAAAAAUGUACAGCAGCAUCACCAGCAGGUGCCAGCCGCGCAUGUUGGCAAGAGGCAGCACCUCAACGAGCAGGUGCACAUUGGGGGACAGAGUUCGGGCGAUGUGGGUCAUCGCCUACACCAGAAAAACAUGCAGCAACAUCCACAUCAACCUUCAGCAGCUGCUAAUGCUAGCAGAAAGCAGCAGCCCACUGAACAGGUCCACAGUGGUGGGCAAGGUUCCGACGACACUGGGCAUCGCCAGCUUCAGAAACCUGCACAGCAACAGCCCUUGGCAGCCAACAUGGGCAGUAAACAGCAUACCUCUGAACAACCACGUGCCCUCUGCCGAGGCGGGGCUCGUACAAAGAAGAAGAGGAAAGGAGGCAAGCCAACUUCCUCUUAACUUCCAUAUUGUGAGAUGAAAGAAUCUCUCCCGUAAUGUCCUGAUGAAAUCCUGGGAGACCAGGAGGUUCUGGCUCCUGGACAGGUGUGGUGUCUGCACAAGCUUCUUCAGUGCAGCGACUGAGCCACGCUGCAUUAUUUGCGCUUGAUUGUGGCAUGGUGCCUUAUUAAUAUGAGAAUGAAAUAAAUGAGAUCAUUUUAUUCAAACUGCCA